UGAACUUAAAGAGUUUGAGGUUAUGUUAUAAAAAGAGUCAUGUAUCGCUACCGCAGUUUAAAAUUCGCUUUAAAUUCCAGAUUCGCAAGCACACUUCCUUCAGAAAACGAUAGUAUUAACCCGAUAUUCACUAAUCGCAACCCAAGAAGCUUGGAAUAUCUUCGAAUCGCAAAUAAGCCGGACGGCUACUAUGUCGACAAGCCAGGACGCUCCUACUGGCAUAAAUUGCAAUUGACACAAACCGGCCGCCACGUGACCGCGUCGUUGGUGCACCACAUCAACGGCCCGGUACUCGUGGCGAGCACGAAGGAGUGGGCCAUUAAAAAGCAGCUGUACAAGACCACCGACUCGUCGGCCUACAUGAACGUCGCACGCGUCUUCGCGCAAAGAUGCCUCGAAAGCGGUCUGAUCGAAUUUAUGUGCGAUCUCGAGUCGGAACACAACAACAGUAAGAUUGCGAAGUUUCUAAACGUGCUGCAAGACUUCGGCCUGAAAUUGUCGGAGCCCGAGCAGUACAAAACUAUAUUGCCAUGGACAAGGGAAAGACCACCGAAACCUUGGGAUAUAACCGAAUAAGGCGUUUAUUAGCUACUACAUAAAUUACAAUAAAUGUUACUGUUCGUA